AUGUUCUUCAACUCGGCUAUCAGCUUGUUUGAGGAGCUCUCGCAAUGGCCAAUGGCCUCGGGCUUCUUGCGGCGCAUGGCAGUCGCCGGGAUCCGCACAGACAUGGUCAGCUACGUCAGUGGCAUUGGUCCGAGCUCUGAAGAAUCUCAAUGGAAACAAUGUGCCUUGCUCUUCCAGGAAGUUGUGAGAGUAAGCAUUCGUCAAAGCCUUAUCGGCUACAAUGCUGCCACUGCUGCACUUCGAGAACAGUGGCAGAUCUCCCUCCAUCUUUGGGAUUUGAUAUGGACGAAGCAAAUCGCUGCAGAUAACACCAGCCUGAGUUCCGCCAUCAGUGCUUGUGAUACUGCAAGCCAAUGGCGUUUGGGCUUGAGCUUGGCGUCAGACUUGCACACUGAAAACCUUUUGAACCCAGAUAUUGUUUUAUGGAAUACGGUGGUGGCCACCUGCAUGGAGGGAUCCCACUGGUCGCUAUCAUUGCAAGUGAUGAAGGACAUGCCUAAGUCGAAAGUAGAUCCAGAUGUUGUCACCGUCAACACCGCAGCCAAUGCUUGUGCCAAAGCAGCUGAAUGGCAGCAUGGUUUGGAUCUCUUGGACCAGAUGACGCAGGGAGAUGUUUGCCCAGAUGCAUUGACCUACACCGCUUUAAUUGGUACGUGCCAGCAAGACGAACAAUGGCAACUGGCGCUGACUUUGCUGCAACAAAUGCUGCAAGAGAAUGUGGCUCCGGACCUGCAAUGUUUCAAUGCCUUGAUCAGGUCUUGUCUGCAAUGCUCGCAGUGGAUGAUAGCCUUGGACCUUUUAUCCAUCAUGAAAGAGUUUGGUCUUAGGCCAGAUCGUUCCACCUACAUCGUGGCCAUGCAGGGGUCGAAUUGA